AUUUCCCGUUUAGCAGUGCUUAGUCCUCAGUAUUCAAACUAAAUAGAGAGGUGCAAGAGUGUUCUGUAAUGUGCACUCUGGUGAGCUCAAGUUGAACGUGAGUAGAAACACUUCGGAUACCAUCCAUAAUGGAUGUUGAAACUAGAAGGACAGGGUAGGGCUUAUGUUUAGACUUGAUCUGGUAUGGCUCAUUCAUGGGGUCACUUCACUCUACAAUGGAUAAGAUGCAGAAGUGCAAUCAAACUGGACAAGAGGAGUUUAUCAAACUGGGCAGGUUCCAAAAGCUGACCAGACAGAGAAAUAUAUUUUGAUCUAGACAAAAGUGAAAUAGAAAGUAUAUACAUUUGUAAAAGAUGUAAGUAAAAGAUUUAUAACUUCAAGUGUUUACUUUUUAUAAAUUGUAGAACAACAUACUAGCCAGAUUGACAAACUCUAAAUUUCUAAGCAAUAGUAUCAUUACAGUUGCAUAUAUGCUGUUUUAAAAACUAAUCGGGCUGACAAGAAAUGCUGAACUAGAUCAGAAAAAAAUUCAUCUUCAUAUGGUUACUGAGAAAUGAGAACAGAUGAGUACUCAUACUUGUCUUGUCCUAGUGGGGAAUUGACAAAGUAAAGACUCGAGUACCACAAAGAUAGAGCCCGUUUCCCAAAGAGUAGCAGCUCUCUCCCGCAAGCCAUAUGGAUAUGUUCAUUCAGCCAUGAAGGCAAUACAAUUUUUGGAGGACUCGGGUCAGAAUCUGUAACUUCAGUGAAAGGCGAACAUCAUGAGAGAGAAAUAUCAACCAGCACAUGGCAGGUGUAGGCCAUGGGGACUGUUCAGUUGGACAACUCGAGUUCUUAUGCUCUAUCAGAUGCUCUUGGUUUUGGCGGACACUGAUUAUGUACAACCUUGGCAAGAAUGGACCAGUUGGUCAGUUUGUUCAUCCUCAUGUGGACAGGGAAUAUCAACAAGAACACGGCAAUGCACUAGCAACAAGUAUAGUGGGAGUAAUACCAGAUGUACCGGCAAAAGUUCAGAAUAUAAAGUGUGUGUUUCGCAGGUUUGUUCCUCUGACCAUGUUUCAUCACGAGAAACAGCUUGUUCCCUGAACGACCAGAAGAAGUUCUCUGGACGACAAUAUUCCUGGGAACCCUUCACCCAUCCCACAGACCCCUGCAAGUUGUCAUGUCGUGCCAAAGGUGUUUUAUUCCUCCUGAACCUGCCAGGGCGGGCGGAGGACGGUACGCCUUGCAAUACCGGGAUGUCCAGAGCCGUCUGCUUCCAGGGGACGUGCCAGCCAGUUGGUUGUGAUGAUCUUAUCAACUCCAGCGCUGUAAUAGACAAGUGCGGGGUGUGCAAUGGAGAUGAUUCUUCCUGUAAAACAAUUUCCAGCAUCUUCACGAGCUCUCAACUUCAACGUGGCUUCAAUGACUUCCUGACAAUUCCGGCAGGCUCGACCAAUAUUAAUAUCACAGAAUUACAGCCCAGUAGGAAUGUAUUAAUUGUCCAGACUUCCGGUGGUCAAACUAUCAUAGACGGAGAUAGCAGUAGCCAUGACACAAAGGAUCUCCAGGCUGCUGGGACGUACUUUAACUACUUGGCCAAAAGUUCCGCCAAUUUUAGAGAGUCGCUGACCUCCCCUGGUCCAACCAAUAUAACUCUUCUUAUAAAGCUGAAUGUUCGGGAUUUGAAUCCAACCAUAUUUUACACGUUCAAUGUUCCAAAUGUGCUUGCCGACGAUGUGUUGGGUCAGAUCACACACCGGACACGACCUGAGGCUAUCCCCACUGUCAUCAAAUAUCGUCCUCAGCCUGUGGAACUCAGCGCAGAUUCUCAAGCGGGAAGCCCUAGAUCGAGUCCAUUGGAAACGGCCCACGGGGUGCCCGAUCUCCCCCGGAGGUUGAGUUUGGCGUUUGGUGACACGCCAGGUGGUACGAUAGAGGAGCUUCCACAAGUGACAGACGGUACCACAACAGACUCGGUCAUAAAAGACAUUAGUGACACAACGACGGAUGAUGGCAAUAACUCCUCUACUCCAGUCGCCCCGAUGACAGACUUGCAGAAUGUCACUGGCAGCAGACAGAACGAGACAGAAGAUUCACUAUUAGAAUAUGAUCAGGCUCCACCAGGUACUGACAAUGAAUCUCAUAGUGAUUUAGAAGUUUCUACUGCCCCAGGUGGAAGGAAUGGAGUUAACCAAAACGUGAACAGUGACAAUGAAACUACUUACCACCUAAACAACUCAACUGACCAGGCGGACCAAAGUCUAAACAUAGGCCCUGGUCUCAUGAAUGUCAGCUCAGAAAAUGUCAAUAAUUUGAACACUAGUGCUACACUACACGACCACGUGACAAAGGAUGUGGCACCGAACCAUGGCACACAGACAGAAGAUGGGACAAGAGAGGACCUCCUUCACACAACCAUCACGACAACAACAUUGAGUUCGACAGUCAGUUCUUCCUCUGACCAGGAAGAGUUCAAAAGAACAGAGUCUGUAACCAUGGAGACACAAGGUAUUGAAACGUUAGAAACAACAGCUGGUAACAAUGAAAGUAAUGAAACCUCGAAGAACACUUCUACGGAAACUAAGAUAAACGGCGGAGAACAUAGAGAGCCAAAGUAUUCCCAAAAUGACUCUUUUAGUUCAAAGCUUCCCCCAGAAGAACAUGAGAUACGCAUAAGGAUCCAUCAUCAAAAAAGUUCUAAAGAUUCAAGACUAGACGGGUCACGUGCCGAUUUCUUAACAAAUGGACAAACUUCAUCCGAACCCGUCAUCCGAGUGAAGCAAGUGAAAAGAAAACAUAACGGUUCCAGAUCUCGCGAGAUCUUUGACUCUAGGAGAGGAUCCAGAGUACGGCAUAUCCAAGGGGAUGAACGGGACAUUAGAAGACAGACUGACCGUCAACGCGCGGAAAGGCAGCGCCAACUGCAAGAGCGUCAGAGACAACUCGAACUAAGACGUCGUCAAGUGCAAGAACAAGAAGAACUUUACAACCAAAAACUGAGAGAGUACAACGAGAGAUUAAAGCAGAGACGAAGUGAAAUAGAAAGAAGGCAAAACGCCAACCGGAAACACCAACAUAAGAGUAACCAUCAGGGGACACAACGCAACUCUCAGCACAAUUCAGAGAAGUUAAGUACACAAAACAAUCAUCUUAACAGUAGAGGCUUCCCCCACAGCCCCGACUCCACAGGAAAUGAAGCCAUUAGCUCUUUCUCCAUGUCUUCGGAAGCCAAUCUGAGGCAACAGUUCGACAACAAAGGACCAUCUUAUAACGGAGACAACAUCAAUAGAAGCAACAGAGUCGUGCCAAAUGGUGACAGUCGCAGAGAAAAAUCUUCCUUUGGCAACGGGGGUCAGCACAAUUCAAAAGAUAUAGAUCUGGAUGGUCAAGGCAAUACUGACAGGGGUACUUCUAAUCCACCUUGGUCAGAACAGGAAGAUAGGUACAGGCACAAGGAAGCUGGAAAGGAUGUGAUAAGGAUCAAAGUACGUCCUCCACCAAUCAACACCAAAUUUGUAAAAACGACCCCAAAGUCAGCGUUGUCAGGGAACGACCUCUCCAUAGAGAGAGCACGUGACAUCCAAACAUCCAAUCAGAUUCCUUCUUCACAUUACAUUCCAUCCUCAAGUGAAAUUAUUUCCAAUAAUAUUUUACCCAAUCAAAUUCUACUUGAGUCUGACAGCUCCCGUCAUGCGGCUUAUGAGUGGAGGAUUUCCGGUCUGACAGACUGCACUCACACUUGCGGUGGCGGAGCACAGAAAACUGUUAUUGUCUGUGUCGAAAUAAUGUCACAGGCAGUUGUGACAGAUGACAAUUGCAGACAUGUCAUUAAGCCAGAAGUUGUCACACUUCCCUGCAACAAGAGACCGUGCCCAGCAGUAUGGACACCUGGUUUGUGGACUCAGUGCUCCAAGUCCUGUGGUCAAGGAGAACAGACCAGGAUCCUCACCUGCAUGGCCCGUGUCUCGCCUACUCUCAACUUGACCAUGUCUUCAGACAGCUGUGAGCAGCAGGUCAAGCCGCCAACCAGUCAGCCGUGUAAUGUCCAGCCUUGUACUACAUGGCAUGUAAGCAACUGGACACAAUGCUCGUCUGGUUGCGGUGAUGGUCAGAGGACGCGCCAAGUCCAGUGCAUGGACCGGGACAACAACACUCUGGCAGACGACUUGUGCACAGAUCUCAAACCUGUCUCUGAGGAGCGGUGCAACUUGGAGGAGUGCGGGAAGGGGUGGUACUACAGUGAGUGGCUCGAUGAGUGCAAAGCGACCUGUGGGACAGGGGAGAUAACUCGCCACGUCUACUGUGGAGAUGACGCGGGAAACCCUGUCUCAGACCAACGAUGUGACCUGCUUAAACGUCCUGCGACCCACAAGUCAUGCCGAGCCAACAAACCUUGCGGUGGUGCCUGGUUUGUCGGACCUUGGUCAACGUGUGAUGCUGUGUGUGGACCUGGUCAGAAACAGCGCGAGGUGCUGUGCAUCAAGGCAUUCCCCGGGGGCGUGUCUGCUGUGGUAACAGAGGAAAACUGUGACAACAGCACCAGGCCCGUCAGUACAGAGGCGUGCCAGGGACCCACAUGUGUCUCACAAUGGUAUAUGACAGCGUGGACUGAGUGCUCUCAAACCUGUGGGACUGGUCACAGAACUCGAGAGGUCAAGUGUUUGAGUGGCGAUCACAAACCCAAUGAUGAGUGUCAGCUAGAAAGCCGGCCGAGAGUUCGUGACCACUGCAACUCCCAGGAAUGUCUUAAUCCUGUAGUAACCACUCCAUUGAAUUCCACUGAAUCUCAAGCGGCAAAAUGUGAGGACCAAUCUGAUCAUUGCGCUGUCGUCAAGAGAGCCCGGCUGUGUCGCUAUGGUUACUACCAAACAAUGUGUUGUAGAUCUUGCGCAGAUGAAUUGUGAAACAGUUAAAGGGCGAAUGUUUUGUCCCAAGAUGUAACGGAUGAAGAUGUCAGUCAUCAGUUGGCCGAUGAGAUUUGAAGUAAAUUGUUUGUGUGAUGUUUCAAUUUUCAUUAUCUUUAUGAUUUUUUUUUUUUGGCUUUAUCAUGGAGUAAAUACUUUUGUAUUAUUACAAUGUUGACACUGUGAGAUAAAGAAUGGCACAUGUGAAUGGUUUUAUGGUAAUUUGUUUUUGAAUUCCCUUACAUUGUACAUUUUAAAGUUUUUAUUUUAAUGUCUUUAUCAGUACAAACUACUGUUGUCAGUAUGCAUUGUAUAUGAAUGUUUUGUUUGCUUAUAAAUCAAUGAUAAGUAGACAGGCAUGGACAUAUUGCGUUUAGAAAGAUGUAUGCAGAAUGAAUGCUUUGUUGACUUAUCAUAGGGUCUAGGUUUUAAUCCCGGUAAAUUUCUUCUGUUCAUAAGUUAAAACCCAGUUUUUAUGGGUACCUGGCAUUACUUACGUAAUGGAAACUAAUGCUUGGCUGUGCACUGUGCCAGACACAUGUUGCAUUUGAUGGCCAUGCUCAGAAAAAAAAUAGAAAUUUAAUUUUAAACAAUGUCUUGCCUUUUAAGACGUUUUCAAAAAAUUAAUUUCUUAAGUGCAUGUUAAGUUGGUAUUAUGACUUGAAAAAAAAAUUUAAAGUUCUACUGAAAGGUCAACAUUGAUUUGAUUGAUGUCAACUUUUAACUGCCAAUUAAAUUUUUUUUUUAUUUUCUUAACUGAAACUUAGAGGAAAAACAAUAGUGAGCAAUAAACAAACAAUGGCUGCUUUGAUUGGUAUUUUGGAAACACGUUGUGUCCCACACGUUUGACAACCAAUGUGGCAACAUGUCCAACAACUCAACACAUCUAAAACCGAAUAGAAAGUGUACAACAAGAAAUGUAUCUUUAGCUUGAUUUUAAUUUUUUUUUAAACUCUUUCUCUCCUAAUCGACGAUACCAUCGUUGAUUUUGACCUGAUUAAAUUAAAUUAAUGUUUAAUUUUUUUUUAACUUGACUUUGAAUUAUAUAAAAAGAGCAUGCAUUUCCCUUUAAUUCUAGACCAAAUACAACAUUUUCUGACAACAAAUAACAAAGCUAUUGAAGCCCAAUCAUAACAGGGGUAGUGAAAUAGUAAUGAGCAAAUGAAGAAUUCCUUCAAAUCGUGGAAAAAUAAUUAAGGAGAGAAAGAAUUAAACUUAGAAAAUUCUAUUUGCACCUUAUAAGUUUAGUCAUGGGUCGGUUUCCCAGUGAACUAAUUCAGACUAUGACUUUUAAUUCAUCAUGGAUAUUGCUUAAAAAUUUAUUAUUAUAAUAUUACCUAAUACCUAAGCACGCUAUACACCAACAUUUUAUAGUGGAUAUUACUUUGAAGUUAAAGAAUAGUGUUCUGAUUCUGAACAGAUCUACACUAUUCAAAGAUCUAUUACAAUUUCAAUCCCGGUGUGAAGUUGGGUCUUUACUUCGGUUUAUUUUACUGUCUCCAAGAAGUCUCUGUUCUCAUGCGAGUCCUGAAGUUUGUAAGAGCAAUUACAAGUUGAACUCGUCACGUGGCAUCCUUUUGACUAUAAGAACGUUACAUCUUCCUUUCUUAAACCAAUGAGGAACAGUUGAACUGGACGAAGUGUAUCAUAUAGUCUUGUAAGAGAAACUGGGGCAAGGUUGGGAGAACCCCCCGCCUCCCCCCCCCAUUCAGUACAGUAAGAAGCAUCAUUAUCACUUACGUAAUAGCACGCGUGAGGGCAAUUCAUUACGAGUGAAUGACUCACACAUGACUAUCUAUGUGAAAUUAGUCACUCCGAACUUAGCCUCAGAGAAAAAAGUCCAUGACUAGAUUGUAAAUAAUUAAAUCUUUAUUAAAUGGCAUAUUUUCCCAGUAAAGUUUAAAGUAAGCUGGACAAAGGAUUAACAGGUGGUAGGUAGGAAUCUUUAUUUUAAAAUAACUCACAGCCAAUGAGUUAUUAAAAGAUCCUAAGAUUGAGUAGAUCUGUAAUUUUUUUCUUCUAAUAUUAGACAUAUAAAAACACUGCCACUUCUAAUGCAAUUAUUUUUAUCUAAGUGUUUAAGGCAUGUCGGCGUGUUUUUUGUUUUCUUUUUUUUAAACCUUUUAUUUAAAUUCUACUACCCUAAAAAAUGGAAUAAUAUUAUUGUCUAUUGUGUACUUUUGCUUAAAAUGCUGUUGUAUCAAUGUUACCAGCUACACAAGCAAUUCAUUUGUUAAAUUCGAAGUGUAUUACUUUUAUUAAAAUUAACGUGUAGACUGUUAAUGGCAUCAAUGAUAUUGUUGUCAAGACGAGAUUAGAUUCUAGUUGAUAUAUCUUGUGAUAUAUACCAUCUGGAUAAUAAAACUUUUAACAGUGUAAAUUGAAGCAUAUAUUGUAAGUCAGUUUACAAAAAACAAAUAACCCACUACACUCUAAUAAAUGGAAUCACUGCAAAUGUUUGUUCUGAUUAUUAUCCUGAUAGGGACAAUACUAAGAUCUUAGAGUAAAUAAAUAUUUAUGAGUGUUUCAAGUGCACAAAUAACCUGUCUGGUGUCAAUAAUUUCAAAUGACUGUUUGCUGUCUAGACUGCGUCUAAACUUGGCAUUAGAACUUUUACUAAAUAGGCUUAAAUUUUUCAAUAGCUAAUUUAAAAUCGCAUGCUGUAAAUAAUAAUAAUAAUAAUUCACUUGAAUACAUGUCAAUAUAAAUAUAAAAGAAGAUAAAAGUAAAAACUAAAUAUCUAUUUUACACAAAGAGACAAUAAUUACAUUUUUUAUAACUUAGACACAAUUUUGUUUAAUGCCAUUGUAGGCACAAAUACUAUUUCAAAUGAUAGCGCCCCCGACAUGUCUACUACUGAUUGCCCUUCUGUUGUCUCAGGCACUAUACGUUACUGGAUACAUUUGUCUCUCUCUAAAACAAUUUUAAAGCAUUUCCACCAUCACUGUCAAUUUUUGUCGGUAAUUUUGACAAAGCCUCUAUCAACUCUGUCAUUCUGUCUGUCUGGUCAAAAACAAGUGUACACGUUAUUUCUCCCACACCCAAUCUCGGAUCAAAUUCAAAUUUUGCACAAUUAUUUCUUGUAUCUGACAAAAACAAGUAUCAAUAAAAAAACAACAACUAACCAAUUAAUUGGUAAUUAAUAAUUUUGUUUUUUAUCGAACAAGGGAAAGACAUUGUAAUGGACAGAUGUGGUGAUAUAAGUUGAAUUAGCUCCCUUUUAUAAAUUAUAAAGCGAUCACGGUACCAUUCAUUCUGAUCCAAACUAAUUGACAUAAUUACACUUAAUAUAAGUUGUUUGUUUUUUUUAAGUAUUUUUUUUUUGUUAUUUGUUGACCGAGUUGCCUCCAUUGAGGGGUAUACCUAGGUUUAUUAUUGAUGCAUCAGCUUUCAUUUGUUUUCAUUAGUAGGACUUGUUUGUAUGUAUAUUGUCAUUAGAAAUGUGUUUAUGCUAUAUUUUGAACAUGUUUGUUCCAUCACGAUGUUGCUUGAAAUGUUGGUGCCAAAUGAGAAGAAUGUUUCCACCUAAAAUAAACAUUGAAAGAUUGCUAAGCUCUUUUGAAUCUUUCGUGUUGUUGUUGUUGUUGUUUAUUUUCAUUACAUUUUUAGAAAUAAAUCAAAUAACGAACA